AUGGAAGAAUUAACGAACUCUGAUACAUCUCGAGUUGUACUAAAUAUAAAAGAAGGCAAAGGUUUUGAGAAAAUUCUAUUGCCUACGUUAGUUGUUGCAACAUUAAAUGGACAUUCCUUGGAAACUGAAAUUAUAGAAUCAAGUCCAAAUCCUCAGUAUGAUCAUGAUUUGGUUUGGGAAGUGGAUAAGAGUAGACUACGAAAAAUGAGAUCAGGGCAAGUUCCAUUAAAAUUGGAAUGUUUUGCUGUUAAAGGCAAUGAUAGCAAAGAAAAACUUGGAUAUCUCCUACUUAGUCUAAGGUCUGCGCAAGUUUUUAAUAAACAUGGAAUUAAUACUGUAAGAGCUAAUUGGCUCAAAGUAUUAGGAUUGAAAAGUGAACUAAAAGUAGAUAAACCUGAAUUACUUCUUGCUUUGAGUAUUCACGAUCAAGAAGCUACAACUGUAAAUUCUCAGUUAGAGUUAAAGAAUUUGGAAGAAUAUCAACAAACAAACUCUCAAUUCAAUAAGGUAACUCCAGUUUUGCUUCGUGAUGAACGUCUUAUACAGUUGGGUCCAUUAGAUAUUUGUCAUGAGUUAUUUUUGAUGAGUAUCACAGCUGUAUCCGCAACAAAUGUAGAUUCACUAUUGACAACAGAAUUAUAUUGUAUGGACAUUAAAAAUAAUUUAUAUUUUUGGUGUAAAAUAUUAGAGAAUGACGUGUAUUUUAAUCAAUCUAAAAAAGAAUCUGGACAACUUUGGAUACUCAAUGAAAAAAUUGUAAUAAGAAUUAGAAGUUCGCUAAAAAUUUUCAAAGAGUAUUUGUCAAUAGAACUAAAUUUGCAACCAUUAAUAUCUACUGAUAACAUUGAAGAAUUCCUUAAAAUGACUGAAAACAAUAGCAGUACUUUAAAUCAAAGAUGUUAUUUAUAUAAAAAGAAUUCCCUUGAAAAUGACCAAGUAGAAUGUACACAUUCAUACCUUGAUUUGCAAUUAAAGUUGCAAUAUGUAGGAGGUAAAAUAGAUGAAACAAUGAAUACUCCUAAUAUAAUGAUUAAUAAUUUAGUUACUACUAAUUCUACCAAAGAAUUAAAAGAUAACUUAAAACAAACAAAUUGUAGUGAAAUAGACUAUCACAGAAAUCCUGCUGGUGAUUUUGGAAAAUAUAUUGGUGGUGCUCAAAUUUUCUGUUAUCCAAAUGGAUGUAAUAAUAUAAAACACACUUUAAGUUGUGGUGCUAUAAAAGACCAACCAGUAAAAACUGUGUGUUCACAUUCAGUUGAUACACUAUUAUGCCAAUCUAGUAUUAAUGAUAAUGUUGAAUGUGUAGAAACUUAUCACUGUUAUUGUUUAAAUAUCUCACUUAUAUCAAUCAAGUCAAUAUCUACAAAAUUAACAGUGCCAUGCUUGGAAAUUCGAUUCCAUCAUCCAAAAACUGAAAAUAUAUCAAUAUUUUAUCCAAAAAUACAGCUUCCAUUAGGAGAAAAAAUAAAAUUACAUGACAUUGGAUGCAAAUUACAAUUUAUAUCAGCAAUGGAUGAAAUCAAACAACUACUGUUGACCUUUCCACCAAAAAUUAGUAUAUAUAAAGUGGAAGGAAAUGCUAAAACUUGUAUAUCUAAAAGUAUAAUUAAUACAAAGGAAUUCUUCCUUCAAAAUAAGGCUGAAUACCAAUAUAAUAUACCUUUAUAUGAUAUGGAACAAAAUAAUAUUGGUAGCUUAGAUAUUGUGUUAAGUUUAGAUGAUCACGGUCCAUACUAUAGAAUAAAAAGGACAACACUUAGCGAAAAUUUAGGUCCACCAAUUUUAGAUGAUAGUUUAGCAUAUAAAAUAGUUGAUGAACUAGAAACUUGGAAAGAACGACAAAUAGAAAUAUUCAAAAUUGAGCUGAAAAGAAAGGAGGAUCGUCAUUUAAAUUUAUUAAGUCAAGAAUGGCAAAAACAAAGAGAAAGUUUAGAAACAAAACUUGCCUGUAGUGUUGAGCAAUGUAAAAUGUUAGCAAAUAGUUUAAAUAACGCUACGGAAGAUUUAAGAACGCGAAGAUUGAAAAGUCUCGAGAAAGAAACUAGACUAAUUAAAGCAAAUGAAGAUUUACAAUGGAGAUAUGAAACAAAACUGCGAGAUCUUAAACAAACACUUCAAACAAUGCAAGAAGAACUUAUGUCGAAGAUUAGUGCUCUUGAAAAGAGGAAAAUAUCUUUAGAAGCACAAGUUGAACAAUUAAGUACUGAAAAUGAAAGAUUACAAUUACUUGUAACAAAACAGUCUGAAGAAAUAGAAACUUAUCAAAAGGGCUCUUUAACUCAAGACCAAACAGCAAAUUUGUUACAAGAAUUAAAAACGCUUGAAGAAAAAUUACAAAAUGCUCAAGAAAAUAAAUCAUUUUUCAAAGAACAAUGGAGAAAUGCAGUUCGUGAAAUACAUCGCAUGAAAAUGGAACAUCAACAAGCUGUACAAGUUCAAAUAAAAAAUAGUAAAGAAGAAUUACAAAAUUUAGACUUGGAGGAGAUACUAUGUGCAGACUCUACUGCUUUGACAAAUGACCAAAUAUUAUUAAGUGAAAUUCAAAAAGAAAUCGAUGUGAUUAAACCAAAAACAUCUUUUUUGGAAAAAAGUGCUUACUGUCAAGCUUUUACACCAAGUUCUAUAGGUCCCACAAUUUCACAACAUACCAAUAAAAGUGCAUUCAAAAGGUCAGAAGCACAUAAUGAACGAUUGCAAGCAUUACUUGAAGAACGUGACUCUCUUUUAAAAACAGGAAGCUAUAUGAUGGAUGAUAUGGUUAUUAUGAAAUUAAAUAAUGAAAUUAGAUCUUUAAUGAUGAAGUAAUUUUUUACAUAAUACUGCAGAGUACUUUUUGUAAAUGUACACACGCGCGCGCCCGCACACAC